GCCGCCCCCGCCGCGGACGCCCCGACCGCCGCGGACGCCGCAGAGGUGCUCGACGCGCGGGAGGACGCGCCAGCGUCGGACCUCAUCAGUGCGGCGGACACGGAGAGCGCGAGCGAGCUCGACGUUGAGGCGAAACCCCUUAAGAGGGCCGCCUCGCCCGAGGCCGAGGCCGUCGAACAGAGAAAGAAGGCCGCGUUCGACUUCGAGUCGGUGGACAGGGAGGCCGCGGAGGAGUACGAGGAAGAGAAGCGAACCCAGGCGGAGGCAGAGGAGAAAAAGAAGCUCGCGUUCGAUUUCGAGACAGUGGACAAGGAGGCCGCACAGGAGUACGAGGAAGAGAAGAGGAUCCAGGCGGAUGCAGAGGAGGCCAAGAGCCUGCAGAGGAAGAGGAGAGAGAGGACGCGGUGAAGGCCUCCAGAGACGCCGAGGAAGCCGCUGUCGCGAAGAAGGAGACCGCGGACCAACUCUACAGGAAGGCUCUGGAGCUCAAGGCCCAAGUGCAGAUGGACAGGCAAGCCGUCGAGCAG